ACUCCAGAUGUUAGAGGCUAUCUGUAAACACUGGGAAGGUCCUAUCAGCCUGGCCCUGUAUCUCUCUGACGCUGAGGCUCAACAGUUCCUGCGCUACACCCAGGGGUCAGAGGUCCUGAUGUCCAGGGGGAACGUGGGCUACCACAUCGUCUACAAGGAGGGUCAGUUCUAUCCGGUCAACCUGCUCAGGAACGUAGCCAUGCGGCAGGUCAACACGCCCUACAUGUUCCUGUCAGAUAUUGACUUCCUGCCCAUAGAUACUGUAAUGUACGGCCUCUACGAGUACCUCAGGAAGUCAGUGGUACAGCUGGACAUGGCUAACAGCAAGAAAGCGUUGGUGGUGCCGGCCUUCGAGACGCUCCGUUACCGUCUGUCUUACCCCAAGUCCAAGGCCGAGCUGCUGUCCCAACUGGACAUGGGGACUCUAUUCACCUUCAGAUACCAUGUCUGGACGAAGGGUCAUGCUCCCACUAACUUUGCUAAGUGGAGGACUGCCACCACGCCGUACAGAGUCCAGUGGGAAGCGGACUUUGAACCCUACGUGAUGGUGAGACGGGACAGUCCAGAGUACGACAGGCGCUUCGUUGGCUUCGGGUGGAAUAAAGUGGCUCAUAUUAUGGAGCUGGAUGCACAGGAGUAUGAGUUUGUGGUUCUGCCCAACGCCUAUAUGAUCCACAUGCCUCAUGCUCCCAGUUUCGACAUUACCAAGUUCCGGUCCAACAAGCAGUACCGCGUCUGCCUGAAGACCCUGAAAGAGGAGUUUCAACAGAACAUGUCUAGACGAUAUGGCUUCGCUGCCCUCAAAUACAUGACUGCAGAGAACAACAGCUAGCCAACACCGAUGAGCCAGGACACUCUGACCCGUUAUUGACUACACUACCCAUAACACCCUUCUCUAAGGCUGUCUAGGACUACACUUCUACAGAUGAGAGGGAAAGGGCGGUGGAUUCUAAGGACAGUCGAUGUAGGGGAGUCGGGAGUGGACAGAACGGUUACUAGAGACUCUUACUACGAACUCUGACCCGUUAUUGACUACACUACCCAUAACACCCUUCUCUAAGGCUGUCUAGGACUACACCUCUGUGCCAACCAAUCAUGAGGU